ACGACAACCCUCCCUCGGUCCUGUCGCGUGUAUUCGCUUUUAAACGGAGCCCUAAUGACAUCACAUUGCUGCAAUGCUGCGCUGUCCACGAAACGUGUCAGUCGUUUCCUGUGAUAACCAAGGAAGUGUCCAUUGGCUGCUCGAGACAUCAUCAUGGCGUGACUAACCGGGCUCGUAUUUGUGCAGGUGGACGUUUCGCAUUAUCAGACGUCGGCUGCCUAUUUUUUUUUUUUUUGUUUGUUUGUUUUGUUUGUUUUUGUUUUUGCUUCCGGGAUACAGAAGAUUUCCCCACCGCAUCCCGCCAGGAGAAACCAAAGAAGCGGACGGAGCAAGUCGUGAUCGCUUCGAGAAGAGCUGCAGUUCUCCAUCCGGACACCAUCUCUUCUCUCUCCCUCUCUCUUUUCCUCGGCUUACGGCGAUACACAAGAGGCGGGAGAUGUAAGGAGAAUGUAACCCACCUUGCUAUAUCUUAUUUUUUUGGAGGGAAUAUUUUGUGCUAUAAAACAGCACGCGGGAGACUUAUUGGGGACAUUUCCAUCCCUGCUCCGACACAAACCUCGGACUAUCCCGAGUUUUUUUUUUUUCCUCCCUUUUUUUUUUUUCCUCCUCUCUCUCUGGAUUUGGCGGAUUUCAGCUUUGCAUCUCCAGCCUUUUAAGCCACAACCAGGACCCUAGUGGGAUUUUAGGUGCGGUUUUUGUCGUCCUGACACAGAUACAGUAAUGGAAAUACCAGAUGGCUUUUAUAGUGGCUUCCAGUAGGUUUCCUGUCCAGUCAGACUCAGUGAUACCGUCGUCAUUAAACCAGACUGAAGAGAACCCGGUGAGCGGAUCCACCACCGGCCAGCGUUCGGGAGUUUUGUUUUUCAUAACAUUUGGAGUCCUUGGCAUCACCCCGACUGUCUGGCAGCUGCCUGUUCGGGAUGCUGCAGCUGAACCUGUGAUGGACACCAGGGCUUGAUAUUUGUGCCUGGAAAAUAAUCACCAAUGGACCGGCUGGUUCUGUGCGUGCUGCUGUGUGCAGCUCUGGUGAAAGGCUACAGCUGCCCCGGCCGCUGCAUCUGCCAGCAUCUCUCGCCCACUCUGACUCUGCUCUGCGCAAAGACUGGCUUGCUGUUCGUGCCCCCCACAAUCGACCGCAAGACCGUGGAGCUGCGGCUCACCGACAACUUCAUCACCAUUAUCCGUAAGAAGGACUUCCUCAACAUGACCAGCCUGGUCCACCUCACCUUAUCCCGCAACACCAUCAGCCAGAUCGUGCCCCACGCCUUCCUGGGCCUGCGCUCGCUCCGGGCGCUCCACAUGGACGGGAAUCGGCUCAGCGUCAUAAAGAGCGAUCACUUCAAAGGCCUCGUCAACUUGCGGCACCUCAUCCUUGGGAACAACCAGAUCCACCAGGUGGCCUCGACCUCCUUCGACGAGUUUGUCGUCACCAUCGAGGACUUGGAUCUGUCCAACAACAAUCUGCGCAGCCUUCCCUGGGAGGCCAUAGCCAGAAUGACUAACAUCAACACGCUCACCUUGGACCAUAACCUUAUCGACCACAUAGAAGCGGGGACUUUCACUUUGCUCACUAAGCUGGUCCGCCUGGACAUGACUUCUAACCGGCUGCAGAAGCUUCCGCCGGACAGCCUGUUCCAGCACUCCCAGGUUCUGUCAGAUGCCAAGGGCUUCAGCUCGUCCACACUGGCGGUGAGCUUUGACGGGAAUCCCCUCCACUGCAACUGUGAGCUGCUGUGGCUGCGCCGGCUGACACGGGAGGACGACCUGGAGACCUGCGCCUCGCCGGAACACCUCAUGGACAAAUAUUUCUGGUCGAUACAGGAGGAGGAGUUCAUCUGCGAGCCCCCGCUGAUCACCAAGCACUACUCCUCUAAGCCUUAUGUGAUGGAGGGCCAGGGUGUGACUUUAAAGUGCAAAGCCAUGGGGGACCCAGAUCCAGACAUUCACUGGAGGUCACCGGACGGCAAGCUGGUGCACAACAACUCGCGCACCAUCCUGUAUGACAACGGCACGCUUGACAUUCUCAUCACCACGCUGAAGGACAGCGGGUCGUUCAACUGCGUGGCGUCCAAUGCUGCCGGCAUCGCCACGGCCGCUGUGGAGAUCAGCAUGAUUCCCUUACCCUUGUUCGUGAACAACACCGGCCACAUGCGCGAGGACCCCGGCCUCUCCGACAUCACCACUUCCUCCAAAGCUGGCAAUGACACAAAAGGCUACGACAAGCAGGACAAGAGGGUCCUGGUCACGGAGCUGACCUCGUCCUCCGCCGUGAUCCGCUGGCCGUCUGAACGCCACAUCCCUGGGAUCAGGAUAUACCAGAUUCAGUACAACAGCACUGCAGAUGACACUUUGGUGUACAGAAUGAUCCCGUCCACCAGCAAAAACUUCCUCAUCAACGACCUGGCUGCGGGACGGGAGUACGACCUCUGCGUGCUGGCCGUGUACGACGACGGCAUCACGUCGCUGACGGCCACGCGCGUGGUCGGCUGCGUGCAGUUCCACACGGCCAACGAGGUCAGCCAGUGCCGCUUCAUGCACAGCCAGUUCCUGGGAGGCACCAUGAUCAUCAUUAUCGGCGGCAUCAUCGUCGCUUCCGUGCUGGUGUUCAUCAUCAUCCUGAUGAUCCGCUACAAGGCCUACGGCAGCCCAGUGGACGCCAAGGCCAAGGCCAGCUUCGCCAUGCACUCGCAAACCAACGGCAGCCAGCAUCGGCUGCAUCGCUCGGCGUCCAAGCAGCCGUCCAACGAGGGCGACGCGCCGGCGCCCAAAGAGUGCAUGGCUCUGGUGUUGAGGGUGGACAGCGAGAAGAAGGAGGACCUGGCAGCCGCGACGGCGGUCCUCGAAGUGGAGCUGCCCCCAAACGCGGACAAGAUGAAGAGAAGGAGCAGCCUGGAUGCUCAGCGUUCCGGGCCGCCAUCUGAGGACACGCAGACGGACAGCAGCCUGACCGGCUCCACCAUGUCCCUCUGCCUCAUAGGCUCCAAUGCCGGCACUAAGGAGGCUCCCAGGCUUAAGGACAAGAAAAGCGCCCUGGCCAGCGUGGGGUUACUUCCCAACGAGCUGGCACGAACUAGGCACAGAUUCUCUUUCGAUGGCGGGGAUUACUCCAUAUUUCAGAGUCACAGUUACCCGCGCAGAGCGAGAACGAGGUGGCACAGGUCCACCAACCAGCUCAACACGGAGUCAUCGCCGCUCGCCAACAGGAGAGUUACAUUCAGCAGCACUGAGUGGAUGCUUGAGAGCACGGUUUGAGGAAAGCAGUGUAGCAAAAAAAACAAAGAAACGUUUAAAAAAGGCACAAAUGUAACAUGUAAAAACACGAAACGUCUACAUGCCAUACAGCACAGCGAUGAUUAAAAACAAGCACAUUUAUGUACUCAUGCUGACUUCCUGUGAGUUGCUGGAGGAGAACAGUAUCCUGUCAUCCUGCUUCCCCCCCCAUCGUGCUCCCAGAGAGGUUUAUUUGGGCCAUGACUCUUCUUCUUUGUUUUUUUUGUUUUUGUUUGUUUUUCUGUUGUUGUUUUUGCAGCGGUGCCUUAUUCUUUUCAAUGUAUGAAUGGAGGGUGCUGCUCACUGUAGUCACAAACCUCCCACUCUUGACGGCGGUGGGAAGUGUUGAUUUUUGGCUUUUCGGUUUCUCACCGUUUUCUGUGGCACACCAACGGGGGGGGAGGGGGGUGGCAUUUGGAUGUGACUGUUUAAUUGUUAAGAAAAAUUAAUAAUAAUCAUUAAAAAAAAAAAACUUCAUUAAGCAGUAACUUGUAAAGUGAACAGCCAGGUACCCUGUUAUGUCAAUCAUGUUUAUGGUUUUUGUUUUGAUAAGGAAAAAAAAAAACUUUUGCACAGAAGACACGAGAUACAAGGACAAGUAUCAACACCAGUCUAUACAAUAUUAAUAACAAAAAAAAAAGCAGAGUUUUCUUUUUUUUUUUCGAAUGCUCAUUUCUAAUGUUAGUGGAUAAAAAGGGGUUGAUGUGAGAAUCUGCCAUGGACGGUCAGACUGUGCGAUGUUGAAUAGGUAUUAUUCCAGACGUGACUGUAUAUUCAUCGGUACUGUAUCUGGCUGGUCUAGAUAAAAGACGACAAACACACAAACAAAAAAAGACAUAUAUAAGUAUAUUAAAACAUUGGUGUAUGUGUACUAACUAUGUAAAGUAAAUAAGUCAUACGUCACGUGACUUUUUACAGAGCAUUUGGGUGUUGGCUGCAAGUUUUUACAUUAAAAACCUGUCAUCACACCUCUCAAUAUUUAGUAUGUCCAAGUUUGAACCAUUUAUCCCCUCAUGAAGGGUAUUAAAUUUUUUGUGUGGGUUAACUGUA